AUGUUCGAUGCCCAAUCCGAUGGUCUCUCGUCACCUCUGGCUUUUGUGAGCAACCUGCUCCCCGCCGCUCUUAAGACGACCCGACCAUGUGAAGCCGCACCCACUGGUGCUGACGCGACUGCCAGCAUGUCUCAUGUGCAGCUAUCGCCAAGCUCGACUUCGAGUCACAUCACAGGUGAGUCUGGAGACUCGGACCGUUCGAGCUGGAGAUAUGUUUCGACACCCACUUCCUCGGAUGAUGGAACGCCCUCUACUGAGGAACCCGUUCCCGUGCAGGUGGAGGAGCGCCCCAGGAUUUCCUUCGAGGAGCUGGCUGGUUGUUACCGCCAGAACCAUCACAAGCAGGCGCGCAGGAAGAAACUGGAGCAGCGCCUCCAUGCGACCAAGGUCUCAAUAGGUAUCUCGGCGCGCCUGGUCCGCCUUGGUGCUGCCGUUCAGCGAGGGUUGGUUGACAGACUCAAACACGAUGACAAGGCCAAUUUCAUCGCUCUCUAUCACACAAUGAUCGAUCUCCAGGAGCCUUGUUCCCUGGCAGCUCGCCGCCACCUUCGUCAGCCGGAUGACUGGGAAGAUUGGCCAAAAUCUCGCGAGUCUGGCUUGGACAAAGCCCCGGAUUUCUUUCGUCAGCUGAGCCCCCAGUCACAGGCCGACCUCCUUGAUAUUUUGCAAUCCGUUCGCAUGGACCCCCAGUUCGUGUUUGAGAAACUAUGCAGUUUGACUCCUAUGCAGCUGUCCGCUUUGAUAUCUUCAUCAGUCUCCUCCUGGGAGGUCGGCGCGGAAUCGUUUCCCGCCACUUCUCGCUCCAGGGUUCCUAGUUUGGGCUCGAAAACCGUCCCUGGUUCUGGCAUCCCGUUCAAGGACCGCGUUCUGGCAUUUGAGCGGACGGACCCCCUAUCCACCUUGCUGUUUAAUGUUUAUGCAGCCCCUCUGGAUUCGGAGGCCCCGGAGGCGCAGCUCCGUUUGGAUACGUGGUCCUCGAUCUGCGCCAAACUCAUUGCCGAUGGUGCUAGCAGGUCCUUUGCUCUACUCGACCAUGUCUUGACAUUGUGGGCUACAGGAAGUGAUUGGAAAGCGAAACCUAAAUUUGAGCUCUAUUUGAUGGACAUCCUUCAAACUGGUGCAUUCCUUCUUGAACAUAUUGAGCCUCCGCCUGGCUAUGACAUGGACCCGCUGGACUUGUUGAGGACAGAAGUUGCCGAGGAAUACUUCGCUUCCACCGUGGAUGCACUGCUUGAAUUAUUGGAUGACCCAGAUGCUGGAUUGCCCCGGUCAGUCGCACAGCUGAGCAAGGCUAUUAUCCAGAAACUCGACCGCCAGGAUUGUCGCCACCGCUUUGUGGAUUUCUUAUUUGGACAGUGGUUCUUCCCCAAAUUCCUGUACGGGGCUCUCACCUACCCCGAGGGCCACGAUCUUUUGCUUGAUUUCUACAUCAGGAAAAAUGCAAGAGACAAGUUGCUUGGUCAAGUCGGAUACCAAGCUUAUACGCAGGCGCUCGCGGUCCUUCGCCCAAUGCAACCUUAUCCUACGGCCCGCCCUACGGUCAGACAACAUGUCGAGGGCAUGCUUGACUGUAUCACUGGCGAUUCUAUCAACAUGGACACUACUAUUCCACUUGCGGUUCCUGCAGUGUUUUCUGAUGAGCCAUCAUCCCCUACGGUGUUUUUGAUGCUUUCCAACACGGACAUCCUUACGUUGUUAAACUCACUUUUUCCCUGUGCUCCUUCUCCGGCGUAUAGCUCUCAAUCGCCUUCCUCGGUUCUUUCGUUAUCGCCUCUUGGAUCACACCCAGACAAGCAUGGACUGUCUACCUUUGAACCAGGCUUCUACCGUGGAACCGUGCCCUUUUCUCCUCGGCGAGCGUUGCACACCAAAAGUUCUUUCCCUACGGAUAUACAUUUUUUCUCACUGCAGGAGAACAAUACCAGCUCAAAGGCUGAUAGGAUCAGGUUCGAGCUGUCUGGCCUAGGUGAGCAUGAUACCUAUAACCAUCUAGAACCUCCUUCUGCCGAGGAAUGGACACUCUUUACCGUUUCUCGAGAUGGAUUGCGACUUGCCUGGGGCCUUUUCCUAGAUAGUCAACCUAGUGCUCUGGAAGACUUUCCCGUCGAUGAAGGCAGCCCUUCUACCUUGGGGGCCGAAGACAACUUUGAAGCGCUACAGACAGCUAUCGUGAAGCUCAUACAAGAGAGCCAUGCGGACGACAGUGCUGAGUACGGCUUACAGCUACCCCGACGCACGCCACAAACAGGUGUCAUUUCACUUAAAGAACGAUUCAACCGUGCCAUGGCAUACUGCCACCAGAAGUCUGAUUUCAUUGGCGCACAUUAUUGGUGGAACGCUACUCGGCUGCUCCGCCGAAGCGGUCGAAGCGCUACCAACUCUACAACCCAAUUGGCCGAUGAUUCCUGGAUAUUGGAGCCUAUGUAUUCUGGUUGCGUUCGUUCGCUCCAGACAUCCAGUUCUGUCAUAGAGCGCUGCGAGGCCGAUUUUGUUGCCCUUGACCGUCACACACAACAGCUUCAAAGGACGGUCAAAGAUAUGAUGAAGACAAUGGCGAAGCUCCGGAACAAAAUGUGGUACAUGACUGAUGUGAGAAACUCCAGACGCUACGAAGAAGCCAAGCAUGUCGCGCUCGCGCUUAAGACGAUGCCCUACGCCCACAGGUACGCUCAGAGCGAUGCUCGGUAUCGCGGCGGGGCUAGGUCCUUUGGCGGAGGCUUGAUACAAAAACCCGAGUUGCAGAUCAUGAACGUCAUGAAAGCUCCCGGCAGCCAGGCCGGCCCAACGAAGCUCGCGGAUGAACAGGUUGAUUUAAUUCGAAAAUGGCUGGACCAUAACAACAUCGACAACUUCUGCAAAGGGGAAGAGCGAAUUCAUCGUUUUUGCUACGAGGUCGGCACAAGUAUCAACCGCUUGGUUGGAGAGACAAUGGCAGAAACCCCAGUCCUAUGGGCCAGUGAGCUGUUCCACAAAGAGCGAGCCAAGUACGAAGGCUCCAGCAACCGAGGCUUCUUUGGCCUUACCUCCAGCUUGCGGUCAUUUAGCGGGGCUAGUGACGAUUCUUCUCACCCUGCGUCCACUUUCGCCAGCACUAUCCUACGGUCCCCAGAAACUCCGAGGCAAGAAGCUCCUCAGUUGAACCUUAAGCCCUCUUUCCAAAGUCUGGACUCCGACAGAUGGAGGUCCCCAGUAUGCAGCACUGACACGUCUUCCGUCCUCGGUGACCGCGCGCCGUCUACAACCACUGGUGACUCCUGCAGCACCUUCUGGUCUGCUGCACCCCCGCAUACUAAUUACGCACCAAGCGCAUCCAGUCUCUACUCUCGUCCUCCAUCUAUGCUCAGUGACACUGUUGUACAACCACCACAACGUACUGAUCGAAAGUCAAAUGGGAAGGCAGCAUUCUUGGACGACAUAAGGCACACCUUGACUAGCUUACUGCUUAGUGAUCUUGGCUCGCCAGUCUGGAGUUGCGGAACCGAAACAGACGCUUGGUUUAGCAGCGUACUAGAUCAGAAAAGAAUCCAAGCGCAGAUGAGAAAACGAUCUCGCAUCCAACGUUUCUAUGCCCAGUGUGAUGAGCGAGCGAGCCGUCCGCCGAUUUCCCGCGUCCCAUCUUCCCGAAGAAGCAGGUCACUUGAUCCUCCUAAUCGAGAGCCAACAGAUGUAUCUUCUAGAGAUGCUACAGACACAAACCCUCCUGACCUGGAAACUUCUGUUCCGUUUUCUUACAGUACGGUCUUUCGUCGUCUCCUCGACGUGUUCUCCCGUCACGGGAGUCCUUUCGUCAAACUGGACGCGCUCCGAGAUCUCAGAAGCUUAGUCAUUGCGUCAAUUACUACCGCCAACGAUGACCAAUGCUCGUCUCCCUUGAUAGAAAGUUCGCCUCGUCAAAGACGCACAUCCGUGAUUCACAGGAAGCGCGAUGCGCGGAGCAGCUUUUCUGAGCUCCAUACUCACCACGGACCUGGAAGGGACCCACUGCUCACUCCGACAUCUCCUCCUGCCGAGUCCAUAAUCUUUGAUUCGCGGCCAUCAGACUAUUCCGUGCCUACUGAGAAGCAAAUAGUCGAGACACUUCGCGAAAUCAUUCUCGACAUGAAGCCAAAGACCCUAUUCCGCGAUCUUCAAUUUAUCUCAGCCUUCGUCCCAAGUGACACUCUGAACAAGAGCGACAGUGGCACUGCCUUUCUGCAGUUCGGCCUGGCUGCUCUCAGCUUGAAGGAUGAAGUUUGCAAUAGUAUGGUGGAGAUUGCGGACGAGAUAGUCUCUCAAGAACUUACUCGUCGACACCUUCCACACAUGUAUGAUAUGCAUCAUCGCGCGGUUGAUCCGUUGAAAGAUGCGGCCAAUAUGUGGAUCAUCACAGCGAAGGAAGGCCACUCCGUUGCUCAACGAGAGCUGGCCAUUCUAUACCUCACCCACCCCGAACUCGUCCCCAGAGUUACUUUCCCUCUCACUCUUUUAAGAGAUACCUUCAAGGCGGAAAUGAUGUACCGCCGAGAUAAGGACUCCAAAUCGGACCCCCAUACCAUGUGCCUGGCGCUGCACUGGAUGCAACUCUCGGCCAAUGGGGGAGACGAGCUCGCGCGGAACCGGCUUCGUGAGCGCGAGGAGUUCGAGUCCAUUGCUUAA